UUUCAGAACAGUGACACAUCUUCGUAACCUGCUAAAAAAUGAUGCUCAGACUCGUCUUCUUGUUGCUGCUGCCACUCGCAGCUCGUCCGUCCUCUCUGCCCACCGUCUACAAAGCCGGAUCGGGUCUAGACGGAGUUUACACCGUCUACCCUGCAGGCCCCACCUCACCUGUGCAGGUGUACUGCGACAUGAGCAAGGAUGACAGCUCUGCAGAAAAGUGGACGGCCCUUCAGAGGAGACAAGACGGCACAGUGAACUUCUACAAAGCUGGAUUUGGCAGCGCUGCCGGACCCUACUUGCUGGGCCUGGCGACAAUGCACCUGCUGACCAAGUCCAAGAACUACUAGCUGAGGGUCGACAUGGAAGAGAGAGUCUUCUAUCAGUUAAGAUGAAGAAGAGUAGUAGUUUGCUACAUCAUAUUUUAAUCUCUUUGCAGCAAACAGAUAAGAUCAGGAUUAGCAGCAAAUUCUGUGAUCCUGUUUAUGAGUGUUUGUGAAUGCAAACCUAAUAAAACUUUAUUCUGUGA